AUGGGUUGUUGUUCUAGCGCUUUAGCCAAUGAUAGUGAUAAAUUCAACACUACGCUAAAUGGAUAUUAUACCGCUACAUCGAAUCAGAAACGUGGGUCUAAAAGGAGUUACUCUUCUCAUAUUAGUAACGGUUCCAGUUCGGGUGUUUCAAGUGCCUGUACUUCACCAUCUCGUCGUAGUAUUCUAAGUCGUCGCAGUUCUACGCCAGCAUCAAAUCAAGAAUCGAAUUCACCUAAAGCUAAAACUCGCAAUUUUAACCUGAUACAUAAAGAUGUUCCGACGGCUUUUGAGAUGUUGUCGAUUUGCGACGACUUUGGAGAAGGGGCAAAAAUGCAACAACAUCAGGAGAAUAGAUCAUUUGGCUAUUACUCAGAGUCGAUGUCUACGGGAAGUGCCGUUUCAACGCCAUCCUCCUCAUGCCUUAGACGUACUCAGGAUACUAGCCUAAAUGCUGAGUCGGCACCAGUAUCCGUGACACCAACGCCCAGUGACUUGGAGAUGGAAAUGUAUAUGAUGUCCCGCUCACAAGGUUUGAUGCCAAAAACUUCUUCCCCCAUUUUCCAACGAAAGGAUGUAACAUUCGAUGCUGUGGCUGCUGCUUCACCUCCUUCGCACUCUUAUCAAAAAUGGGCAAAUUAUUUACAAAACACUCCCACUUACAUGCUUCACAAUGUCACUGAUAUUCCUGAAGCAAUUGCUGGACACUUCAGUCCUUUAGACUUCCCAGCUUAUACCGAUUUGGAAGAAAUGGAGAGCGCUGCCAAACGAUUUAAAGUCGACAUUCAUCUAGAAAACGAAAGUGAAGAAGAUGAGGUAUUAUAUCAAAAGCAAAUACCUAAGCCUUCUAACGUAACACACACCAUAACAACGGAUUUGUAA